AUGAACUCCCAGCAGCCAGGCCCGUCCAGCUUCAACAACCCCGCGACAGGCGGCGGCUAUCCCCCCGCACCUCGCCAGGAGAUGGAGUAUCUGUGUGCAGAUUGCGGUGCGAAAAACGAGAUCAGAUCUCGAGAGCCGAUUCGUUGCAGGGAGUGUGGUCAUCGCAUUAUGUACAAAAAGAGGACAAAGAGAAUGGUGCAGUUCGAGGCGCGAUGAGGGUACCUCCCGUAACCAUCUUUUAUUCUGGGCACCUCGAGUCGCUGGCAUACCGUAUGCGAGCGCACUAAAAUUACACGAGAGCAUACACUUGACCGCACCCAUCACCACUGGUUUAUUCGUUUCAUCCAGAGGUUCAGGAAGCACGUCACCACGAUCCUAUCCAGUAUCCCCUCUGCACGGUCCAUCACUCGCAGAGUCGACUGCUCCUGCGACCACGUAGCAACCGUUUUGCUGCGUGUGCUGACGCACUGAAGGCCGCAGCCGCUAUCAGUCACUGAAGGCGCGCAGGUGGAACGGCGUACAUAGAUAUCAGUACCAUUCUCUGCCACCUUCCAUUUGUACUCCGAGCCAUUCGCCUUGAAACGACGGGAUCUGACCGACGAGAUAUAGCGUUGCUUGAAUAGAUUACAAGCGCCUUACUUGCUA